GUAUGAAAAAGAAUUUCUCUCUAUAUUUUAUAUAUAUGAAUUAUUAAAUGAUUGUUAUGAUAAUCGUAAUUUCUUCAAUGUAGCGAUAUAUUUAUAUAAAUUAUAUUUUCUCUUAAUGAUUAAUUUUAUCAAUGUUUCAGGUUACAAAGGAUGUGAGAUAGUUGUAUAUAUCGAAAAUUAAGCAUCUCAUGUUACAAAGGGAGUCCAAAGUGACUAAAAUUUUAGUGCAAUCAACUAGAUCCACUCUCGUCAACUUAUCUGAUAGUAAAACUGGAAGACGAUUAUUUUCGCAUCCCAAAGUCAUUGAGCGUGUUUAUGAUGAAAGAACCGCCACCCAUCGAGGAAAAUAGUUCCAAAACCGAGUCAAAAGAAGACGAAGCAAAAGAAAAGGAUAAUCGCGUCGAGAAGGAUAAAAAUCGGAUUGAGACCAGAAAGAGAAAUAAAACCGUCAUCGACGAUUCAGACGAUUCGGAUGAUUUGGAUGAUAUGGAUGACGCUCCCUUGGAUUUCAGGAAACGGCGCAAAGAAAAAUUUUCGAAAACGCGAUCCGGCAAGCAUUCGACUAGUCUAAAGAAGAAGUCGCAUAUCUGUGAGAUCUGUUACAUUACGUUCGACCGCAAGAGCAAACUCACUAGUCACAUGUUCAAGCACAGCAACUCACGGCCGCACAAGUGCACAAUCUGCUCCAAGGGCUUCAAGACCGGUGCGUAUCUUUCUAGGCAUAUGGAGAUCCACGACGAGCCCGCGCAGCUUCACGCGUGCACCCUGUGCGACUUCAAGGCGCGCACGAAGCCGUAUCUGAAGAUACAUUAUAUUCGCAAGCAUACCGAGGACUACAACUAUAGCUGCGAACAGUGCGGCAAGAUGUUCAAGGUGCAAUCCGACUACACGACACACAUGAAGGACCACGACACGGAGUCCUGCGUUUGCGACAUAUGCGGCACGUCCUAUCCCAGCAAGAGCUCCUUAUACUUCCACAAGCAUUACAAGCAUAAGACGAAGGUCAAGGAGUUUGAGUGUCAGAUUUGCAGGAAGCGCUUUAAAACCCAGAAGAAUCUCGACAGUCACGCUGAGCUGCACAAGAUGAAGUACGUCUGCGAGCAAUGCGGUAUGGAGUUCAAAUUCAAGUACGGCCUCACGAAGCAUCUCAGGACGCACUCGGGCGAGAAGUCGUAUCUCUGCGCGAUAUGUGGCAAGACCUUCGGCUGCCUCAGCUCGCAAAAGAUUCAUCUGCUUACCCACGUCGGUGAGCGACCUUACAUCUGCGACAUCUGCGGCCAGAGCUUUACCCAGCGGUCGCCGAUGAUGCUGCACCGGAAGAAGCAUCCUGGCGGAAGAAGCAUUCCGCCGCCGCCGCCCAUCAAAAUUACAAAUCUCCUGCAUGGCGUGCAAGACAAAAUUGUUGUGAAAAAAAGUGCCAAGUGACUCGCGUGUAUAUGCGACGGAUAAACAUGUGAAAUGAAGAGAGUGAUCUUUUGUGGUACGGAUAACUUUUUUAUAUCUUUCUAAUAUGUAUAAUAUGAAAACGCGUGAUGUGCAAAUAGAUGAUUUUUUAUUAUUAUCUCAGUAGCGAUACAUUUGUAAUGUUACGCAGUUUAGACAAUCCCGCCUACCACACAGGCGAUAAAGCAACAACAUAUACUAUUAUCUUGUGACGUGUAGAGAUUCCGGAUUUAUUUCUCGAAAGUACAUGCUUCUAUGUUGGUAUGUCGAUCUUAUGUUCAAAUGCAUUAGAACAUUCACUCGAGAACAAGUUAUGAAUUAAUACUAUAUUACAGUUUAUCAUGUUCACGAUUAAGUUCCAAAACUCUGCAAUCAAGUAUUUAUUUAUUCUCUGAUAGAUUUCGAAUAUUUAAAGAUUAUAAUUAUCUCAUGAGAUCACAAAACUAUUCUGUUAUUUUAUUUUAUUUUAUUUUUUUAAACUUUAACAUACUCGCGUUAUGACCUACAAUAAAUCUGUUGGCGAUGUAAAUAGAGUAUAUAGAAAUGAUGCCUGUAUUAAUCUAAUAUUAGAUAUCUACAGUUUAUUUUCGAUGUUCCGCUUCAUCUUGGAUUUUUGUUUAUCAUGUAAUUACAUUUCACUUUUAUAUCAAAGUCUUCCAAUCUUGUGUAUGUAAUAGAGUUGUUUGAAAAAUAUAUCACCAUCUUUGCAACAUCAAGUUCAAUGAUAUUUCUUGAAAUACGGUAAUAUCUACCAUAAUAUCUUGUAUAUUCUAGUUUUGGUAUUUUGGCUAAGAACGUGAUAUAUUUUUAUUAACAUAAACUUUACAUUUCAUGGAAUAAGAAUUUUACUUUUUAUCCACAAUUUGAAGGAAUAUGUUAUAAUCUUCUCAUUUAAUAAAUUAUCCGCAAUUAAUUCAAAUUUUGGAUAGUAAGAAUAUAAAUUUAAUCAGUUUUUUGAACUGUAAAUUUGUUUUGAAGAAGAUAUCGAAAAUAUGAUUUUCUUCAAGAAUAAUCCUCGCCAUGUUCGCUUUUGAUAGCGAACUUCUGUUUACUGUAUGGGAUGAUGCAAUGUACAGUAUAAAAUUGAUGUAAGAUAUUAAAUAAAUACAUAUGUUUUUAGUAAAUGGA